AUGCCUACCACUCGUCAGAAAAGAAAGCCCGCUGAGGACCUUCUGCCUGGUCUUCCCAUGGACGAGAAGCGAACUAAGGGAUCAAAGGGUUCUGAGGCCAGCUCGAGUCGUGCUCCCAAAGCCAAGCCUGCUGCAAAGAAAGGAAAAGGGAAGCAGAAGCAAGAUGAAAUCCUGCCCCACGUUGCAUUUGCGAACAGCCACCUCAAGCGUGGGGACGCGCUACGUCUUCCUAACUUCCCUGAAGGAAGUUAUCAGACCUUUGCACCACCGAAAGAAUGGGGACACCGUGAUGUGCCUAUAACCAAUCCUGCCGACAUACCUGAAGGAUGGACUUCAUACAUUGCUGAGGAUGAUGUCGACAGCAUGAUUGAAAGAUGUCACAGGCGCAUCGAUGAGGGAAUCAUGCCCGUCAUUUGGGAAAGUAAGUUGGUAAUGUACCAAAAGGUGAAGCAGAGACGGAUAGAUAUGAUCAACUCCGAGCCCCCCGGUCUUAGCUGGGAAGUCGUUCAGCGCCUUGACUCUCUACAAAUGAUCAAAAAGAGCCUUGAUGAGACUGGAGACGACACUGGGAGUACCCCUAACGUGAUAGCCAUCAUGGCCGCCUACCGUUCUGGGGACCUUGUCUGGAAUGAUGAUCCUGGCUCAGUGACUUACUGGGCACACGGGAAGAUGAUUGCUGGCCCUAAGAAGAUGGAAAUGGACGAAUUCCUCGCUAUUAGUAAGGAGUAUGGCCAUCGUGGUGUUUGGGUUGAAGGGGUGGACGACCAGAAACCGGAACCGAUGUACCUGUUCAUGUGUGUGUCCCCCUCGAAUCCGCGGUACUCCAUGCAUAUGAUUACGGUGUCGAUGCGGAAUCCUUCCACUUGGGCCUCAAACACAUGGCAACACACCAUGGCCCUCUCUGUUCUGGAGGAUACCGGUUCUGCGGCAAUGAAGAUUUACCCAUCCGAUCAAGAAUUCCUUGAAAACCUGAGUGGUUGCCCCCUGCCUGUCACUUCUGUAACGAGCAUGUCCACGGCGGCUGGUGUCGUGCCGGCGAAAAGUGUGGUAGUGCAAGUCAAUAUCUUCCAUGAUGAUCAGCCCAUGCUCCCCCGCUGGAUCAAUGUUCUAGCCUGUAUAGGCAAUGACCCCCCCCAAUAG